GGACCGGAUGGAGUCCCGGGAAGAGUCCUGGCGCUGGCCUUGAGGCACCUCGGGAGCCACCUUAGGCAGCUAUUUAAUGACUGCCUGGAGGCGGGGCGGUUCCCGAGAGUAUGGAAACAGGGACGCUUGGUGCUGUUGCGGAAGGAGGGUCGUUCUCCUGAUUCUCCUUCGGCAUACAGACCAAUUGUCCUUAUUGAUGAGGUGAGCAAGAUGCUGGAGAGAGUUCUGGCCUCUCGUAUUAACCAGCACCUCGCUCUGCAGGGCCCUGAUCUUUCGGAACACCAGUACGGCUUUAGGGUAGGCAAGUCGACGAUAGAUGCCGUUGGUGCUCUGAAAAGUUUCUGCGAAGGAGCGCAGAAGGAAAGCGACGGGGUAUUGGCGGUAUCACUAGAUAUCGCCAAUGCCUUUGGCACCCUGCCGUAUAGCGUGGUAGAGGAGGCGCUCCAAUAUCAUCGGGUGCCCCUGUACCUGCGCCGAAUGAUAGGGCACUACCUGGAGGAAAGGGUAGUGGUCUAUCAGGGAAAGGACGGGGCGAGGCAGGAGAGGCGUAUGGCUUGUGGGGUUCCGCAGGGAUCGGUUCUCGGACCCCUGCUGUGGAACCUGGGCUUUGAUUGGGCAAUUCGUCCGGUUCUGCUGCCCCGGAUGGUAAUUAUUUGUUACGCGGACGACACCAUGGUUGCCGUCCGGGGAAGCAGUUAUGAGGAGUCGGUGAGGAGGGCUACGGUGGCCACCGAGCUGAUGGUCACCCGAAUUGGCAUGUUGGGGCUCAAAGUUGCCCUUCCAAAGACGGAGGCCGUCCUAUUCGGGGGAACGGAUCUCGGCACCAGUGUAGUCCUUCAGGGUCAGGGACUGUAUCCGAACGUUGGACGAGUAUAUGCCAUCAUACACUUCGUUGAGCGCAUACGCCACGUCCAUGGGGUUUCUGUGCGUGCACAACAGUUGUUUGCUGAUAGUGAGGAAUACGCUAGGGCGGGAGCCUGCAGGAUGUCAUGGCAGGUCUUCCGGCUGACCUCUAGCUCAGCUUUGAUGAGAGCCAUGAACUCCAAGAAUGCAUUCAUGAUGUGGUCCAUUGGUGUUACUACGACUCCGAGGGUCGGCGGUUCGACCAGGCCUUUUUCGGCGUUAGUCCGUUUGUCGCUGGGUGAAGUUUUGGGCUGUGGCCUGGGCUUCAAGAAAGCGGCCAGUGCACUGCCCACCUCUUGCGUCAUUGACUCGGCUCUCUUUUUUGAUUUUUCGCCAGACAUGCUUGCUAUUGCCGAUUUGAACGUGCUGAUGGCUGUUUUAAAGGCACGUGUCGGCGCAGAGGUUGCCCCCAAACUCAUCGUUGCUGCAGGGGCGCUGAGUCGGCUCCUCCCUAACUUGGGCGGACCUGGCGUUGGCUGCCGCCGCCUGUACACAGGAGUGGUGCGGUCGAUGGCCCUGUAUGGAGCACCGAUCUGGGCAGACGCUCUUGUCGCCCGUAAUAGGACCCUGCUGCGAAGGCCGCAACGGGUCAUGGCGGCAAGAGUGAUCAGAGCGUACCGCACCAUUUCGCACGAGGCGGCCUGCGCGUUGGCAGGGACACCCCCGUGGGACCUGGAUGCGGAGGUGUUGGCGUGUGUGCACGAGCGAAGGGUGGAGGUCCGCAUGCGGGGAGAACACCCUUCGCCGGAGAGGGUCACUGGGUGGCGGCGUUUAGCGCAGGCCGAGCUCUUUCGCCAAUGGCGAGAGAGGCUCGAGUCGCCCAGUGCCGGUCUGCGGACUAUUGACGGGAUUCGCCCCGUGCUUCAGCAGUGGGUGGAGAGAAGACACGGGGUGAUGACCUUCCACCUUGCGCAGGUGCUUUCAGGACACGGUUGUUUCGGAAAGUACCUGUGCAAGAUCGCCGGUAGGGAACCUACCGAGGAGUGCCACGAGUGCGGCUGCGCUGUGGACACGGCGCAACACACGCUUGCCGAUUGCCCGAGCUGGGCGGUGCAGCGGGCCGCACUCGUGGCGGUAGUGGGACAAGACCUCUCCCUGCCGGCUGUGGUCAGGGCCAUGGCCGGCAGUGAGUUGUCUUGGGAUGCGAUAGUCUCGUUCUGCGAAGACGUGAUGACGCAGAAGGAGGCUGCGGAGCGGCUGAGAGAGGAUGCCGUGGACUCCCAGCCGAUCCGCCGCAGGAGAGUCGGGCGCAGGCGGCUUGCACAAGACCGCCGCCUGCCUCCAUAA